AUGUUUCACAGAGAGGACGACGACGACUACAACAAGGGCUGUGAGAUCUUGUUUGCCAAUCUGCGGACGGAACUGCGCAAGUCAAGCCCCUUUUGUAUUUUGGACCCACCAAAAUAG